GUGGGGUGGACGAAAGUGGCUGUCAGUGGUCACCUUGAAGUACGCCUGGUGGAGUUAUUGUAAUUUGUGUAAGUGCAUUGGCUAACGACAGCCUGCAGGAGUGUUGGCGAUACCCGCAAGAGUGUCUGAGCCGGCAAUAGGGAGUGAAUGCCGUGUUCGAUAUCACCCUGAGGCGCCUGAGGCUGGACGCUGGGAGGGGGAGAGAGGGAGUGCAGUGAGAUAAUGUGAAGAGAUGGCUAUGGUCAGUGUGAGGCGGUGCGUGUAGGCAAGGUGCUCACCAUCACUCUCUCGUAGUGACGCCGGGACUCGAGUCGCUCGUGAUCCGAGGAGGAAAGGAGGCGUGCAGAGGCUCGCAUUACCGAAGGGGGAGCAGCGUAAACCUCUGCCAUGGACCGGGCUACCAAUGUACUCUUGGUCUUCCUCACCUUUUUUGGAACCCUUUGUCAGCAGGCGCCAGCAUACACACGUCAGUUUGAGGUGGGGACGCUAUAUGUGUAUGAGUAUGAGACGUCAGUGCUCCUGAAUGAGCCACAGCCCCUACCAGUUUCUACAGCCAAAGAUGUUGGCUUUAAGGUGGAGUUAACAGCAGAAGUCACACCUGUGUGGCAACAUCCCACCAACAAUAAUGAACAAAUACUUCAGCUUACGGUGGUGACCCCCAAGUUGUCGGUGAAGGCUCGCCAAGGACCCUCUCCUCAGGGCUUUGUUCACAAGUCAUCAAGGGUAGAGAGCUUUCCGCUGCAACCACUCUUUGUGCACUGGAACAAUGGAGAGAUUGGAGAUGUGUACCAUAUUGAAGGAGGAGAAUUAUCAGUCAUCAAUGUGAUGAAAGGAAUAGCUAGUCUUUUCCAGUAUCAAGCGAAGACCAUCAAGCAGACUGAAGUGGAUGUGUCAGGAAAGUGUGAGGUGACCUACAAGUUGGUUGAUUCUUCACACAUAACAAAGCUGAAGCAGAACUGCCAGAAUGUAGUGUCAGUGCCGUACUUCAAUCAGACAAACAAGGUUCUUGAUGCAGAGGUCAGUGGUCAAGCAACAACUACAUAUGUGUUAAAUGCAGACAAAAUACUGCAAAAAGCUACAUCAAUGGAAACUCACUUCUUGAGGGUGAAGGCAAGGAAGCAAACUGGAGCAGAGGUCAUAAGUAGACAAGUGCUGCAGCUCAAAGAAAACAGAAAAGUUGCAACUAAGAAAUAUACUGGAAAAGUAGCAGCAGAGGCUGUCAAAUCUAUUGGUACUCAGCUUAGAAAGACCUUAGUAACUGAACAGCUAGCAACUAGUCCAGAUGCCAAAGAGUGCAUUACUUGCAAGUCACUUAAAGAUCUUGUCGUCAACUUCCACAACACUUUAAGUCCAAAGAAUCAAGGGACUCAGGGAGCAGCCAUAGCCUUUACUCGCCUCCUCAGGAAGAUGAGAGAGAGUGACCUAGAAACUAUUAAAGCAGUGUUGAAGGAUAAGAAAAAUGCUAAAAUUCUGCCUCAACUACUGGAUAUUGCAGCAGCAGCCCAAACUUUGCCAGCCCACAGAGCCGCCAUGUCAACACUAAAGUUUAAUGGAUCAUUGGAACUCCCUGAACGGUACCUCAUCAGCCUUUCACUGGCAACUCAUCCAUCAGGUCCUAUCGUCAAAGAUGUGAUUAACCUUUUUAAGAAGGGUGUGCAAAAUGAGAAGCUCUCCGAGACACUGGUGUUGACAUUGUCUUCCCUCGCUCACACAAUGAGCAACAUGCAAACCAAUGCCAGUGCCACCAGAAUAGUUUCAGUUGUGAAGAAGCUGCUGGUUGAGAGACUACAGAACUGCGAAACUGAGGACUGUCAGUUGAUGUACAUCAGGAGCCUCAAGAAUCUUCAAGCCAAGGAUUCUGUAGAUAUACUCCUAGGCUUUGCGGAAGGAGAAGCUCGGAAACCAGCAAUUGCUGCUACCAGGGCUCUACAAAUAAUGCCUAGCAAUUACUUAAACAGUGAGGCAUUAAAAAGAUUAGAGAGGAUCUUUUUGGAACUUGGUCGUCAACAUGACUCCAGCGUGAGGGCCAUGGCAGCAGACAUACUUCUUCAGAAUAAGCCAACUGAAGAAUUUGUCAAAUCUUUGUUGGACGUCUUGUCUUCACAAAGUGCUAGAGAGCUAAAUACUGUACUGCUGGGAAGAUUAUGGGAUUUGGCUUCUAGUAAUGAUAAUUUGCAGAAGAUCCUUCAUAAGAUUCUGAAGGAUGCCAAGUAUGCCAACUAUAAUGUACUUGGUCAAGGUGGUCUUUCCUCAGCAUUUUCACGUCCACUCUCUCAAGACAAAAGUGCCAAUUCAUCAUUCAGUAACAUAUUAGAGAUCCAGAGUGGUCUGCUGAAGAGAUCCACUGUUGAUGUGUUUGUGGAUGUGGAUGAUGCAAGCAUGAGACUGUUGUCAUUUGGCAUGUUUGCGGGUGGGCUUAGUGUGUUUGGUGGGGAGGAUGCUGUGGAUGAUGGAGAAGAAGCCAACGCAGGGAUAGAGAUAACACUGCUGAACACACAGCUACGUCCUUAUGUGUUCUUCACAGGUCAAGGAGAGCUAAUGGGACAUGUUUGGUCUGGAACAGGAUCAGAAAGAACCACAGCUCUUCAGGGCACACUUCUGCUGCAGGACCACCUCCAGAUAGUGCCUCUGCAGAAUGGUCUUAAUGCUGAGCUGCUCCUGAAUGGUGCACUGUCUUAUGACUUGGCAGGACAGAUUCAGGUUUCCCUAUGGAAUCGUAAUGCUCAUAGUCUUGUUGAAGUUGGAGCUGCCAUGGUCAUCCAGGGAGUGGCUCGUGUUGACAGCUCUUUCAUUCAGACACUGAUUGAGUUCAAUGUAGGAACACAAGCUCAACUGAAUUUCAUGUCAGAUCUUGAGUUUUAUGAUGAUGUCAUGAUGUGCCUGAAAAUGGUCCAGCCAAACACAGAAGUAGUAAACAACGUAAGAAAACUGGAGCGCAUUCCUGGCACCAACUACAUGCUCAAGAAAUAUAAGAAGAGGCUGUCCCCUGUACCAGGCAAGACUUAUGUAAUGAACAAGAAAAAUACUGAAAUUUGCAGUAAAAUGUUCAAUAAAUGACAAGGACUCUUUUAGGAAGAGUAUAUAUAUUAAAGUUAGAAAAUUGGUUACAUAUUGUAAUUAAUUUUAUUAGAUAAUAUAAUAUGUGUUGUGAUAUAUUUUGUUAUUUGAAAACAUGUAGCUAAAUUUUUA